AGCGGAUGGAUGAAGAGCGCUGUGUUCUGGAAGAGGCAACAUUGUAACACUGAGGUUCGAAAAAUAAAUAAACAAUAGAACUAAACAAAAUAACACACCGCCUGGGUUCCAACUGGAAUGUUUGCUUCAACGUGUCCUCAAAAGGACCUGUUCAUCCGCACCUGGUGUCUUCUGCUUAAACGGUGUAGCGGUCUCCAUGGCGACGAGCGCUGUGCCCGGGGACAACCUGCCCACUUAUAAGCUGGUGGUGGUGGGUGACGGCGGCGUGGGCAAGAGCGCCCUCACCAUUCAGUUCUUUCAGAAGAUCUUCGUGCCUGAUUACGACCCGACCAUCGAGGACUCCUACCUCAAACACACAGAGAUCGACGGACAGUGGGCAAUACUGGACGUACUAGACACGGCAGGUCAGGAGGAGUUCAGUGCCAUGAGGGAGCAGUACAUGAGGACUGGAGAUGGCUUCCUCAUAGUGUUUUCAGUGACCGACAAGGCCAGCUUUGAGCAUGUGGACCGUUUCCAUCAACUCAUCCUGAGAGUGAAGGACAGGGAGUCCUUUCCGAUGGUCCUCGUUGCCAAUAAAGUCGACUUGGUGCAUUUGCGCAAAAUCACAAGCGACCAGGGGAAGGAGAUGGCCAUGAAACACAGCAAUGCAUGUUUGCCUUGUCUAGAUCACAUACAUCGAAACGAGCGCGAAGGAUCCACCCAUGAACGUCGAUAAAGCGUUCCACGAGCUCGUGAGAGUGAUUCGGCAGCAGGUUCCUGAGAGGGCGCAGAAGAAGAAGAAAACCAAAUGGCGAGCAGACAGGCCAUCCGGAACAGCCAGGCUUCACUGUGUCCUACUAUGACUGUUUGUUUCUCUCUGGGCAUGUCAACCACGCGAUGAUGGCUUGGACUGUUAACACACACACCACAGAGCUCCUUAAAAUGUAAUACUACUGCACACAGUGUUUUCACUUCAAUCCAGCCAAUUCAGGAGACAAAUCUUGCCAUGCAGUGUUAUUAAGGUGAACGGAGGAGGAUUAGAGCCACCAUUAAAAAAAUAUUGGGUUCUGACUUUUUUUUUUUUUUUUAAAUAAGAGUUUAAUCUCAUAAUUUUAAUAAAAAAGAUUUUGUCAUUAACUUCAAAAAUUCUGGCUUUAGUCUCAGAAUUUUGACUUUAAUCUCAGCAUUAUGACAUUAAUCUGAAUAUCAGAAGUCUGUUGUUGAUCUCAAAAUUCUGAUGUUAAUAAAAAAAAAUUGUUAAUCUUAAAAAUAUGACUUUAAUAAAAAAAAAAUCAGAAAUGUUACUUUAAUCCUAGCAUUCUGACGUUCAUCUGAAAAUCCUGACUUUAAUGUCCGAAUUCUGACUUUAACAUCGGAUUUCAGACAUUAAUGUCAAAAUUCCGACUUUAGUCUAAGAAGGUUUUAUCUGGGAUUGAAGUCAGAAUUGUCUAAAGUCAGAACUGGCGCUAAUCCUCUUCUUUAAAGGUGUGUUAUUUACCACGUGUAAUAGAAAUCCAUUAGUCCAUUUUUUAAACCCAAUUACCUAAACCUGUUCUUGUACUCCCUGGAAGGUGAACAAGUCCAGGAACCGAGCGCUGUUUCACUCAGAGAACAAUUCAAAGACGUCCCUAACGAGGCCUUGUUUUUGUACACGUUUCUAUCCUUUGCGUUCGUCCUAUUAUUGUAAAAAUAAUCCUUUAACAGCACAAGGAUUUUUUAGCUAGAGGGUCAGAUUUUUUUUUUUUUUUACUGCUUCAUGAGGAAACAAAGGACCAUCAAGGGCAAGAGAUGGUGGAUAUGAUUUUAUAAAUACUAAGCUAGACUAAACCAUCAAUUCUGUAAGUGCCACUGAAUGCAGAAGCCAUCGCUUAAGCCAACUUGCUAAUUUUACACCAAAACACACUAAUCAUAUUGCUGCUAGUGUUUAUGGAUCUGUAAAUGCAGUUAAUAAAGCUAUGUGCAUGAUUAGGGAGCAUACGAAGAGUAAGAGUAUGGGGUGAUUAGCAUGUAGGUAGUUAGCAUAGCUGCCUCACGGCUCCGGGGUUUCAAUUGUGAGCUCAUGUUACUACUGUACUUGUUUGGAGUUUUACACAGGGACGGAUUAUGGGUUGUGUGGGCCCCUGGGCAAAACGUUCCAAGGGCCCCCCCCCCCAAAAAAAAUACCAGCAUUGUCUGGGACGUAGCAUUGCUACGUCAUCAUGCCACUUGUGGGUCCAAACUAGUGCGGCGUACGCGUACCGUGUUGUAAAAGCAGAAUGAUGUUGACCAAACUAUCUUUUGCCGCUUUUUACCUCGGAAAAAGUGAAAAGAAAGUGGCUUAAGUUGAUACACUAAGUUGAAUCUCAAAUUAUAAUCAGUACAGCCUGGUACAGUACCUCACGUUAAUGUUAGCACCAGGUUAUCCAUCCCUGUUUAUAGAGACAGGUAGCAACGUAGCACAACCAGAUCGUACCAUAACAAACAUUAUUUGUUUGAAUUAUCUAGAAUGUGCUAGUUCGAAAUAGAAAUGGAAAUGUCUAUAAAAGUCAACCAUUCAAGGGCCCUUGGCAGCCAAAAGCCCUCCCUAUAGGGUCAGGGGCCCUUGUAGGCAGAGGAUCAAAGAAUGUAGGCCCUCUAAAAUAGACAAACGAAAAUACAUUGUUGAUAAGCGUUGCAAAUUGUUUUGGGCAAGGGGCCCCACGGCCCUCCUGCCCCCAAGGGCCCCUGGGCAGUGGCCCCGCUGGCCCGGUCCGUAAUCCGUCCCUGGUUUUACAUGUUUCCCCCAGAGAGUUCUUUGGGGUUUACUCCCACUGUCCAUAAACGGGCAUGUAGGCAGGUCGGGAUGAUGAAUAGGCCCUAGGCGUGAGUUUGAGUGUUUAGGAUUGAAGAGUGUGGUGCCAGUUUUGCUCCAUCACCGGAUUCGGUUGUUACAUUAGAUUACAGAGAUGGGGGUUCGAUCGCAAAACUAUGUUACAAAACCGACUCUUUAAAGACAUUAGAUUUGUUUUAGGCUUAUUGGCUUAAAACCGACAGUAUACAGCAUGUUUACUCAUUUCUUAAUGUAAUAUCACUUGUCUCUCAGAAGAA